UAGCCGACAGUUGCUCAUCUGUGAGUAACUGUUCUCUUCCUGAUGUUACUGAUAUAAACAUAUUUCCGUCAUGUUACUUGGCAAAUUGAAGUCUGAGGGGAUCCGACCAACUGCCUUUCAACACCAAUGAUGUACAGGAAAUGCAGACAAUUUUAGUUUCAACAUCUGUACAAAACUAUAAGCCAGCGCCGACUCAACCACCACCCCCGCAAUUAAAACAUACAAUAAACUCAAAAUCUGCCCAUACCCAAAUCUAUGCCCUUCUUUACGAGGGAAUCAAUCCUGCUGUGGUGUGGGGGGGUACGACGGCCAAAAUAAAUAGUGAGAGAGAAGUGUGAGUAUGGCAAACUGUUUCUGGACUCCCCCCAAGAGUUCUAUCUGUCUUAAAAGGUCUCUUCACAUUAGCCACAGAAAAAAUGACUAAGUCCUCUGACGAAAAGAUUUACCUUUGACUGUUCGAUCCGGAGAGUUUCCCCGCCCCCUCAAUAGACAACAAAAAGUGGUUGUAAUACUGGAGAAGCUGAAUUACAGAAAGUGAAGUGUGUUUCUGCGUCUCACGGCUUUAUUAAAUACGAGCGGGUUGGAUGUUGGCCUAAGGCAUCUCAAGAAAUUCAGCAUGACGAAUUCAACCGAAGAUGGAAAAACUGACUGCGAGAUUAAUCACAUGAUCCAUCAAUACCUAUUCUGUGCCACCUACAUCCUGGUCCUACUGAUAGGAGUACCUACUAACCUGUAUGCACUGUACCAUGCCUGGCAGCAAACACGGGCACGCAACCAGCUGGGCAUCUACCUUCUCAAUCUGACUGUCUCAGACCUGCUCUACCUCGCCUCGCUCCCCCUCUGGCUGCAAUAUUUCUUCCAGGAUGACGACUGGACGUACAAAGAGUGGCUCUGCCAGUUGUGUGGCUUCCUGCUCUACCAGAACAUCUACAUCAGCGUGGGCUUCCUCUGCUGCAUCUCCAUCGACCGCUACCUAGCCAUCGUCUACCCUCUGCGCUCCAGACGUUUCCGUACCAUGCGGGCGGCCGUGGUGGUCAGCGCCGUCAUCUGGCUGAAGGAGCUGGUGGUGGGCGUGGUCUUCUUCCACACCAAGGAGCUUAGCAAAGACCCAUUAAACCACUCCAUUUGUUUUGAGCACUAUCCCAUCAUGCCAUGGGAGCGCAUCAUGAAUUAUUACCGCUUCUUCUUGGGUUUCCUGUUCCCACUGGGCAUCCUUUCCAUAUCGUGCUUCUUAGUACUGCGGGUCGUGAGUAAGAGCACGGGCACUCAGGAUGACCAGAAGACCCGAAUCAAGCACCUUCUGACCGGCACAGUGGUGAUCUUCCUGGUCUGUUUCUCCCCAUAUCACGUCAUCCUGCUGCUGCGUACCAUACUGGAGAAUGACUGCUCCUUUAUCAGCAGCAUAUUCAACUACUACCACUUCUCUCUGAUGCUCACAAGCUUCAACUGCUUGGCUGACCCGGUGCUAUACUGUUUCGUCAGCGAGAGCUCACGGCGGGGUGUGCGUGAAACGCUGACCACAUGCACCGAGUUCUUGACAUACCGGCGUCGGGGGGACCGUGCCAUCUCCAGCAAGUCCCCAUCCUCGAAGGAGAGUGGGACCUCCUUCAUCCCACUGCAGUCCAAGAUCAACGAGGUGGGGAGGAUUGCUGAGAACACAAUAACGGUUACAGCAUCUCUGAACUAAGGGAUGUCAAAGCUACUGGAUGGCAAGUCUAAGUCUUUGCUCGCUGACAUGACAUUAAGCAGCAACUGAGCUGCAAUGUUGCUUCUUCGUGUAACCGACUGUGGAGUGUCACAGUGACUCUGGAGUUCCCAUAGUCUCCCAGUGUCUGUUGGGCUUUCCUACCACAGUACAAAACCAUGGUUUUUGAGUGAAUUUGCGUUUCUAAAAUUCCCCUAGCGUGUGCAUCCCCUGCCAGCUGGGAUAGAUUCCAAGCUCAUCAUGGCCCUCUACUGGAUACAUAUUUAUGACAAUGUAUGAUAAUGGAUGGAUAGAAUUCGUGUGUUUUUCUCAAGGCAUUUCGAAGCAGGGCAUUUUCCUCAGGGUACAAACCCUUUGCCAUACAUCAUCCCGUCUUUGUUAUUCUAAAUGAAAGUCUCAAUUUUUUUUUAUUUGCAAAACAUCUGCUUGACCUCAUCUGGUAGAUGUUUUACAUCACGGUCUUCUUCAUCUUUUUUCUGGAUGUUGUCUCCAGGCAAAGAGCUGAUAAAAACUGACUGAUGUUAAGAUAAAUAAGGUCUUUGAUCUGCUGUUUGUACAAGUCGCAAGAAAAAUCUUUGUUGUUCACAUUUCCCUUCUUGCUUGCCUUGACGCAUGCAUAUAGAGGCGAGAGUGACGCUUGGGAUCACAGUGCAGAGUCAGCCAUUUGCCAGACUCUCCUGGAGCCGUUUUUGGAAUUUGGGGCCUCGCUCAAACACCCAGCAUUAUCACUUUGCCGGGGACAGGAUUCGAACCGGCAACCUUCCAGACAUGUGUGUCAUAGCCUUAGCUAAACUACUCGAUGUUUCCAUGGAAGUUGUUCUCUAGACUUUGAUUGUAGAGAAACUUAAGAAUGAAAGUUUUGUCAUCCGUAUUACUCAAUGGCAGCUUAUUUCACUACACCCACGAUGGUCAGCAAAAUUCACAUCCCUUACAACAGAGACACACUUUCUUCAUUUUGGGCUGGCUGUUUCAUAAUGGGUACCUCGUUAUCUGAUCAGUCCCUGAUGUUCUCACGCCCUAAUGCUCUCUCACCCUAAUGCUCUCUCACCCUAAUGUUCUCUCACCCCAGUGCUAUCUCACCCUAAUGCUUUCUCACCCCAGUGCUAUCUCACCCCAGUGCUAUCUCACCCCAAUGUUCUCUCACCCCAAUUUUCUCUCACCCAAAUGCUCUCACAAUUGACUCCUGUGAUGGGUUUGCAUUACAAAGCAAAAAAGGGUCAAACGUCAGAAGGUGAUGUGCCAGCAUCAUACGCUGGUUUGCGCGGUGAGGGAAACAGCAGUUUGGAGAUUCGCUGCUAUAAACGCGUGAAGGUGCCCCCUUCGUGUAUCGACCACUGCGGGACUUUUGCACUUCUCAUGCGUGAGUCAUGCUUUGAAGGUGACACUGAAACAGACCCACGGGUCUGUAGGAAAAUGUUAGCUCUUCAUUAAUGGAAUAAAAAGGUUUUGUGAUGCACUUCAAGAUGCUUCCAUGGUGUGAUUAACUAAAACUGUAUGCCUGCUUGUGUUUGAGUGAUGAAAUAAAUAUGUGUACUGA